CGGCCCCGCUCCGUGCGCUCGCUCCGCGGCGCUCGGCGGCGGUCGGGAUGGCCCGGCGGGCGGGCUGGGGGCUCUGGGCCGCGCUGGGCUGCGGGCUGUGCCUGCUGGCGGGCGGGCAGGAGCCGUGGCGGCAGCUCAUCCAGUGGGAGAACAACGGCCGCGUUUACAGCCUCCUCAACAGCGGCGCCGAGUACGUCCCGCCGGGGCAGGAGCGCCCGCCCGGCAGCCGCUUGUUGCUGGCGGGGGCGGCGGGCAGCGUCCGCCGGCAGGCUCCGGGCUCCGGGACCGUGCGGGGACAGGCGAGACACCCCUUCGGCUUCGGGCAGGUGCCCGAGAACUGGCGGGAGGGCCCGGUGGGCGACGGCGCGGCCGCGCAGCGGCGACCGCCCGCCCGCGCGCGCCAGCCUUCAUCCUCCUCAGCAUCGUCAGCAUCAGCAUCAGCAUCAUCCUUCGCGUACGCCUCGGCGGGGCAGCCGCCGUACCCCCAGUACCCCUUCGCCCCGCAGUACGAGCCCUACGAGGCGCCCCGGGCCUACGACGAGGCGUUCACCUAUUACCGGAGCACCGGGACCGGCGGGGCGGCCGUGGCGGCGGGGGCGGCGGCGGGGGCCAGCGUGGUGUACCCCUUCCAGCCCCGCGCCCGCCACGAGGACUACGGCGAGGAGCAGAGCCCCUACAGAGCCCACUACCCGCCGCCAGAACGGCCCUACAUUCCUGCCGUGCCCCAGCCGGUGGACGGGCUGGACCGGCGGUAUUCCCAUAGUUUGUACCACGACACCGGGAUUGCACCGGAGCAGAGCCCGGACUCGUACGCCAACCAACAAGCCGUCAACCACGGCGCGGCCUCCACGGAUAACCUCCAGGCGGCCGUCGGGACGGGGUACGGGGGUCAGUACCCGCCCUACGAGCCGCAGCCGCCGUUCCGGGCGGUGGAGCCGUACGGGGUCCCUCGUCCCGAGUCCUACCUGCCUGCCAGGAGCCUCGAAAUCCCCCAGGCUGUCCCUGAUAGCCAAGCUCGGGUCAGCGUGGGCAGCGUCUACAGGCCCAGCCACGGUGGACGGGGUCUCCCCGACUUGGUGCCAGACCCCAACUAUGUGCAGGCGUCCACCUACGUGCAGAGAGCUCACCUGUACUCGCUGCGCUGCGCCGCCGAGGAGAAGUGCCUGGCCAGCACUGCCUACACCCCCGAAGCCACCGACUACGACGUGCGGGUGCUGCUGCGGUUUCCCCAGCGGGUGAAGAACCAGGGCACGGCCGAUUUCCUGCCCAGCCGGCCCCGGCACAGCUGGGAGUGGCACAGCUGCCACCAGCACUACCACAGCAUGGAUGAGUUCAGCCACUAUGACCUGCUGGAUGCCACCACGGGCAGGAAGGUGGCUGAGGGCCACAAGGCCAGUUUCUGCCUGGAGGACACCACCUGCGAUUUCGGCAACCUGAAGCGCUACGCCUGCACCUCCCACACCCAGGGCUUGAGCCCGGGUUGCUAUGACACCUACAACGCCGACAUCGACUGCCAGUGGAUCGAUAUAACGGAUGUGCAGCCGGGCAACUAUGUCUUGAAGGUUCAAGUGAACCCCAAAUACAUCGUCCUGGAGUCAGACUUCACCAACAACGUGGUGAGGUGCAACAUCCACUACACCGGACGCUACGUCUCCACAACAAACUGCAAAAUUUCCCAAUCUUGAUGGGAGCAGGGCCAGAGGGAUGUCACCUGCCUCAGCCUCUGUCCCCUCUUCAAAAAGAAAGCCUGAGCUCCUCUGCCCCACCAGAGACCCUGGAGCCCACCAGCAGCUCCUCGAGACACAGACUGCCCCCCCUGCCCCGAAAAACCCCCCAUGCCUUCACAUUAAAAGGAGGGGAAGCCAGAA